AUGCUUCCCAGCUGGCCUUUGCCGGAGUUUGACCCGAGUCAGAUCCGACUGAUUGUGUAUCAGGACUGUGAGAGAAGAGGACGGAAUGUCUUAUUUGACUCCAGUGCUAAAAGAAAGAUAGAGGAUGUUUCUGUGUCGAAACUCUGCAGUGAUGCUCAAGUGAGAGUUUUUGGGAAAUGUUGCCAACUGAAGCCUGGAGGAGACAGCUCUUCUUCCCUGGACAGCUCAAUUAACUCAUCCUCCUCGUUCUCUGAUCCAAAAGAACAAUGUCCAAAAUACCAGGGUUCUCGGUGCUCCUCAGAUGCUAACAUGCUUGGAGAGAUGAUGUUUGGCUCUGUGGCCAUGAGCUACAAGGGCUCCACACUGAAAAUUCACCAGAUCCGCUCACCUCCUCAGCUCAUGCUCAGCAAGGUUUUCACAGCUCGCACAGGAAGCAGCAUCUAUGGAAGCCUGAAUACGUUGCAGGACAGUCUUGAGUUCAUUAAUCAAGACAGCAAUACGUUAAAGCCUGACCACAGCACAAUUAUGAAUGGACUUCUUGGGAAUAUAGGUCUUUCACAGCUUUGCAGCCCCAGGCGGGCAUUCUCAGAGCAAGGUCCGCUCCGCCUGAUCCGGAGCGCCUCUUUCUUUGCAGUUCACAGCAACCCUAUGGAUAUGCCUGGGAGGGAGCAGAAUGAGGACAGGGACAGCGGCAUAGCGAGAUCGGCAUCUCUUAGCAGUCUGCUCAUCACUCCAUUUCCCUCCCCGGGCUCCUCGUUCAACAAAAGCUGUGCCAGCAGUUACCAGCGGCGUUGGCGUCGCAGCCAGACAACCAGCCUGGAGAACGGGGUCUUCCCUCGAUGGUCUAUGGAUGAAAGCUUUAACCUGUCAGAUGACAGCUCUGGUCCUAGCCCAGGGAUUGUUAGGAAGAAAAAGAUAGCAAUUGGAGUUAUUUUUUCACUCUCAAGAGAUGAAGAUGAAAACAACAAAUUUAAUGAGUUCUUCUUCUCACACUUUCCUCUCUUUGAGAGUCACAUGAACAAACUGAAGAGCGCAAUAGAACAGGCUAUGAAAAUGAGUCGCAGAUCAGCUGAUGCCAGCCAGCGCAGUUUGGCGUACACCAGAAUCCUUGAUGCCCUCAAUGAAUUCAGAACAACUAUUUGCAACCUCUACACGAUGCCACGGAUUGGGGAGCCUGUCUGGCUUACUAUGAUGUCAGGGACACCAGAGAAGAACCAGCUUUGCCAUCGCUUCAUGAAGGAAUUCACUUUCUUGAUGGAAAAUGCAUCUAAAAACCAGUUUUUACCAGCUUUGCUGACUGCAGUCCUGACUAACCACUUGGCCUGGGUUCCCACCGUCAUGCCGAACGGGCAGCCACCUAUAAGAAUCUUCCUGGAAAAACAUUCUUCCCAGAGCGUGGACAUGCUGGCCAAAACUCACCCCUACAACCCCCUCUGGGCACAGCUGGGUGACCUGUACGGGGCUAUUGGAUCACCAGUGAGAUUAGCAAAAACAGUUGUGGUUGGCAAAAGGCACGACCUGGUGCAGAGGUUGCUUUAUUUCCUUACUUACUUCAUCAGAUGCUCUGAGCUCCAAGAGACACAUCUUUUAGAAAACGGGGAGGAUGAAGCCAUCGUCAUGCCUGGAACUGUUAUAACUACCACGCUGGAGAAAGGAGAAGUAGAAGAAUCUGAGUAUGUGCUUGUUACAAUGCACAAGAACAGGGGCAACUUGCUCCCAACUGAGUCUGAGGAAGUGAGAACCUCCAACUGCAGCUGUAGAUACUGCAAAUGCCCCGUUUCCCUUGCACAAAACAUAGAGGGUGCUUCACAGCAAGAGAGGGAAGAUGCUCAGAACACUCCUAAGGUAGAGCUGGAAUCUUCCUCAGAUGAGAACAGAACUAUUGUUCCUGAUGACUGCCAGGAAGAUCCUGCUGAUGUUAACCAACCCAGACCCUGCCUGGACACAAAACUGGAGACAGUGGUGUGCACAGGGUCAGCAUCCCCAGAAAAACGUGUAGUGGCAGAACCUGGCUUGGAGCCCACAGCAAACAUGUGGGGCAGUGAAGAGUCACUGGAGCCAGGCACCCAGGCAGUCAGUGUCACCAGGUCACCUGGGAUUGCUGUGGAGAAGAAGCCACCAGAUAAGCUCUUCUGUGACACGUUUCCUUGCAGUGCUGCUGAAGCUCAGACAAAGGUGACUUUCCUCAUCGGAGACUCCAUGUCACCUGACUCAGACAUCGAGCUCAGAAGUCAGGCAGUAGUGGAACAAAUUGCCAGGCAUCACAGCCCGCCAGCAGUGGAGGAAGGAGUGUCUGCUGAUCAGAUCUGUGAAGCUAAACAAACUGUUGAGGACCAAAAUAGAGACUCUGGGACAGCUGAACCCUUUCCUCAAGUUGCUAGUGAGCAUCCGGGCUGGAAUCCAAACCCGUACAGGGCUGAGAGCAUGAGUCUGUUUGAUGAAUAUUUUACUGAUGAGAGUUCAAUCGAAACCCGGACUAUUGAUGAUAUUCCAGGGCAAGCAGCUACAGACCUUCUUGCUCACAACAGUAGGUUAGAGUUUUCUAAAAAGCUGUGUCCAAAGGCUAGCGAACCGCCUAGCGAGUUCUGUAAAUUUAUGGACUCUGUUCGACAAGAGACCUACAAAAACUGCUUUAAUGAGCAGGACCAAAGAGAGAAAAUCUCUAUCCGUGUCCCCCAUGGGGACAGAGAAAACGUAGAGAAAAAGGUCGCCCCGGGAAUUGAUUGGGACAUUCCAAGAAAUGAGAGUUCAGACAGUGCCCUGGGUGACAGUGAAAGUGAGGAUACAGGUCAUGAGCUAAGCAGACCAAGCGGAAACUAUUAUGGGGGAGAGCAAGAGGACUGGGCAGAAGAAUAUGAGAUUCCUUUCCCUGGGUCAAAAUUAGUUGAAGUGAACUCUGUCCAGCCCAGCAUUGCCAAUUUUGGAAGAUCCUUACUAGGUGGCUACUGUUCAUCCUACGUCCCUGACUUUGUUUUGCAAGGAAUAGGAAGUGAUGAAAAGCUGAGGCACUGUUUGGUGUCAGAUUUGUCUCAUGCUGUGCAGCAUCCUGUUCUGGAUGAACCAAUUGCAGAAGCUGUCUGCAUUAUUGCAGACACGGACAAGUGGACAGUGCAAGUGGCCAGUAGCCAGAGAAGAAUGAUUGAUAAUAAGCUGGGAAAAGAAGUGUUAGUCUCGAGCCUCGUCUCCAACCUGCUUCAUUCCACUCUUCAGCUUUAUAAGCAUAAUUUAUCUCCAAACUUCUGUGUCAUGCACCUGGAGGACCGGCUGCAGGAGCUCUAUUUCAAAAGCAAGAUGCUGUCCGAGUAUCUCAAGGGCCAGAUGAGAGUUCACGUCAAGGAGCUGGGCGUGGUGCUGGGGAUCGAAUCCAGCGACCUGCCCUUGCUGGCAGCUGUAGCAAGCACUCACUCUCCCUACGUUGCGCAGAUCCUGCUUUAA